AUGCGCCCUGGACCCCCAGCUAUCCCAGCCAAGGGUGAAGACUGGCAGUACGGAUCUGGCGUAGCCAACGACACCGUCGAUGCACACUUGAUCGCCAUUCAGCAAGCGCAAGACUUUUGGGAGGAAUGGUCGAAGAGCUCGGGCAGGGACGGUGGAUUUUACGCUGCACUCGCCGACCAUAUCGCGCGUUUGGAAGAUGUUUGGGAAGCUAUAGCGACCAUGUACGACGCCAAAAAUUUCGACUAUAGUCCCAGAGCUACAACAAUGAACGCCACACUGCGGGGCCAUGACCUGCGCGCCAUGUGGCAAGAGCUGAUCGCCGCCCAAGCAGAGCAAGAAAAAGAAGACAUUGUGGUACCAGUUCAGUGGCUGGAGCAAAAGCUUCGCAGGACCGCCGCGCUUAUCGGCAUCCAAGUCGGUUACAUUGCCAAGAAGCGCGGGGACAAAAAGAAGGAAGCUGAGGAAGGUGACAUCAUGAACCCUGUCUACAUGUCGAUAUCGAAAGAUGACAGACCCCUCUACCAGGCACGCUCAGGAAUGCUGUUACGCCAGCAGGACAUCGUUUGGUUUCCAAAUGCAAGUGCAGCUGAGGCCGAAGAUCUGGCCCGAUCCCGAUGGAAGGAUAUCAGGGACGUGUUGACGCUGUACGAGAUGUAUAAGCUGACCAAGACGGAGAUCGAAUGGUUCGUGCUGAACCAUGCGACGAGAGACACUGCUAUCGCAUGGAAGAAGAAGCUGUUGCCAGAAUGCGGCAGCGCAGCUCAGAACACGUCUCAGCUUACCUGGAAGCAACGAACCGACACUAAGGAGCUUUGGGCAGCUAAGCUGUCAUCCUUUCAAGAGCUUACUUCGAAAGCAAACAGCUCUACGGUAGCUUACGCAGCAGCUUAUUUGGACCACUACCGAAGGCGUGCGUCUCCUUUGGAGACUGUGCGCGACAGCGAAGUGGACAGUUUCCUAGUCGCAUUCCUGGAAGCAAGAGUACUCCGGCCUAAAGCCGGUACGGAAGAUGAUUUGAGGCUCAGGCCAUACACGUCUCCCAACGAUGUCAGUAGCUUUGCUAUCAACUGGGAUUCCAAGGGGAAAGGACGUGGUGCUUUGGGUCUCAAGGAGGAAGCUUCACGGACGGUCAUUUUCAAGCUGGCAGACUUGCCAAGUCUCAAAGCCAUGAGUGCGAUCUGCGCUGCCCAGCCAGACCAAUAUGCAGACACGCUUGGUCAAGCUGAUCAGCUCGGUCUUCUGACGUCACCGUUCAUGGAAGCUGAUACUAUCCUGAGCUUUCAUUGCGCAGGUACUGCGCUCUACAACGAACACUACGCCUCUUGCAUGCAAAAGCUCAAUGCGAUCAUCGCGCUUGGAGCUCUCGGCCCAGUUCCUAUUGCGAUCAAAAUCCCUAGUCUAGCUUCCGCAAGCAACCUGCAUCCACAGUUGCGACAGCUACGGAUUAUGGUAGAGAGCUUCGUCCAGUGGUAA